GGCAGGAUUGUGUUGAAGCUGAGCUAAGGCAGAGUUGUGUUGAAGCUGAGCUAAGGCAGGGCUGGGGCUAAGACGGAAAAGGAAGGAGUUCUUUCGCAGUUUGUUGUUGUUGCGGCGGACAGAAGGGCGAGUGUGUGGCCGGCUGCAGCCCCCCCGGAGCAGGCAGAGUGCAGCAUGACCCCCGCGGAACAGAAUGUGACCUGGCUCAUCUCCCUGGGGGUGCUGGAGUCCCCCAAAAAAACCAUCUCGGAUCCGGAAGAGUUCCUCCUGAGCGCCCUGCGGGACGGGCUGGUUCUCUGUAAACUCAUCGAGCGCUUAGUGCCCGGCUCCGUGGACAAGGUGUGUCCGGAACCGAGGACCGAGAGUGAGAGCUGCUCCAAUAUCCGCGAGUUCCUGAGGGGCUGCUCGGCGCUUCACCUGGAGCAAACGUUUGAUGUCAAUGACCUGUACAAAGGACUGAACUUCAACAAGGUUUUGAGCACCCUUUCAGCAAUUAACAAGGCCACUGAAGAACGAGGAAGGACAUGUCCAUCUUUCUCGUCCCAUCACAGUAAUUCUGCCACUUCUGUCAGCAGUUCCCAAGCACCUGCAUCGAAAGCAUCCAGAGCUCUGCGGAGACCAUCAAAAAACCUGGAGAUGACGGAAAAUGGGAGCCAUCAGCUGGUGGUGAAAGCCAAAUUUAAUUUCAAGCAGACCAAUGAAGAUGAACUUUCCUUUUCAAAAGGCGACAUUCUUUAUGUAACGCGAGUUGAAGAUGGAGGAUGGUGGGAAGGCUCACUGAAAGGAAAGUCAGGCUGGUUCCCUAGCAACUAUGUGAGAGAGAUAAAACCAAGUGAUAAGCCACUUUCCCCCAAAUCUCUCAAAGGUUUCGAGACGCCUUCAGUUACAAAGAAUUAUUACAGUUUGGUUGUACAGAAUAUUUUGGACAAUGAACGAGACUAUGCAAAGGAGCUACAGGUCUUGCUCAACACAUACCUGCGGUCAUUGCAGGCCAAUGACAAAUUAUCUGCUGCUGAUAUUGGGGCAUUGAAAGGGAAUCUGGAGGAAAUCUGCUCAUUUCAGCAAACCCUCUACCAGACUUUGGAGGAAUGUACAAAGUUACCAGAUUCCCAGCAGAAAGUUGGUGGUUGCUUUCUUAAUCUCAUGCCUCAGAUGAAGUCACUAUAUCUCACAUACUGUGCCAACCACCCAUCCGCUGUCAAUGUGCUCACAGAACACAGGUUCCACACGCACAGAUUUGAAACCACACUCUUUGACAGGUCAACUCUGAGGUCUCAAUAUGAGAAACCAACAGAUAUUUUUUCAUCUUUGGUUCCCACAGGUACAGCAGCCUUGGAAGAAGAUGCACAGAUACUCAAAGUCAUUGAGGCUUAUUGCACAAGUGCAAACCUACAGCAGACUCAUAGCUCAGUUUGUCGGAAGGAGUCAGCACCACAGGUACUGCUCCCGGAAGAAGAGAAAAUAAUUGUGGAGGAAACAAAGAGCAAUGGGCAAACUGUCAUAGAGGAGAAGAGUCUUGUCGACACAGUUUAUGCGUUGAAAGAUGAAGUUCAGGAGCUGAAACAGGAAAAUAAACGGAUGAAACAAAGUCUGGAGGAGGAACAGAAAUCUAGGAAAGAGUUGGAGAAAAUGAUCCGGAAGGUUCUGAAGCAGUUGAAUGAAUCUGCGUGGGAUGAGGGUAACCACUAGAAGCAGCUAAGCCAGCAGCUAGUUCUCUACACAGCUUCAAGCAGUUGGCAGCCCUGACCGUACUGCUACAAGGAAUUCGUUGAAAUUCUCAGUCACACUGGGGUCAUUUUUGUUUUUUUUUUUGGCCUGUGAUUCCUCCAGAGGAGCAGGCAAUUGAGGGACAGCAAACCUGACACCUGUUUUGGAAGGACUAGAGCAGGGCAUAAGGAAACGUGCACGCUCUGGGGAGAGAGCACAGCAGCAGCAGUGAAAACUGAGAAAUGGUACAGCCUCCCAGCACACAGCCACCUCGUGCUGUCUCAGAGCUAUUCCCAACUUGGGCAAAGAAAGGUGCCUGCAAGUAACUACUUCAUUAUCAAUAAAUGGAUGAUUUUGUGUCCUCCAACCAGCACUAUAGUAUUUGACUGCUGCACCAGCACAGGAUGCUCACUCGUGGGCACAGCUGAAAAUCACAGACUCCUUUUUAAGUUUCCUUUGUUUUUGUAUCGGGCCAUGACCAAAUCAUAGCCUCCCUUGUACUGGACCUUAAGCCGCGUAUUUGUAUUUUCUGGGUAUAACUAUGGUUUUUUGAAAUGGCCCAGUCUCUCUCGCUGAUUUAUUUAUGUUUUGCUGUGUUAAACUACUCCCCCCACCCCGCCAGGCACUUGCCCCCAUCCCCAACCCCAAACAUUGUCACCGUGCAGAGUCCUUGUGGCGGACACAGCCUCGAUUAUGGCACUGCAUCUAAUGCAUGUAAAACUUCUGCCUGUGCCUUUGACAGAUACCCUUUCAGAGUACAGCGUGUGUACAUAUUCAGCUCACCUUUAUAAACUGGCUCUAGCUUGAGCCUUCCUGUAUAUUACAGGAUUGUGUUUAAUAAUGUAUAAAAGGAUACAGGCAGCUUAUCUCCCCUGCUGUUGUGGAACAAAGCAGGUGUUACUAGUCAGCGUUGACUGAGUCUGUUAGUCAUGAGAUGUCCACAGUGACAGACUCUACAGUAGGAGUUAAUGUCGCAUGCACAAACUUAGUUUCUCAUCAGUUAAGUGAUGCCUAGGAAUGAAUGCAGGAUAACAGGCGUCUGAUUGUGGGCUGUGUGCACAGUGUAGCAGAGCACACGUUGGAGUAUUUACAGCGUGACUGAAACCAGACUCAAAACCUGAACAAAAUGGGAGCGGGAUUUAGGAGGAAGUCACUUCAGAUCAGACUGAGAGCCAUUGGUCAGAUCAGCUUCUCACCAACGAUGAGCAGCGAGUGUGGCUCCUCACUACAAACAUCCUGUAAGUCCCUCUUUACGUCCAACUGGCAAACGUCCCCAAAUUUCCUCUGUAGACUUUUAUUUUGGAAUUCAGAUGAAAUAUUUUGGGAACUGUCACAGCUGUGUUCUCCUGGAGGUGCCUGUAUGUGUUUGGAAGCCCUUACGCCCAGCACACAUCCAUCAAGUAGGAAAUCUUUUUGUAAAUGCAAUUUUUUUUAAUAAAGCCUGAAUAUCGAGCCUUC